CUGCUCGCGGCCAUCUCGCGCAUUAUGCUCCUCGCCACCGCUGCCACCGCGCUCAGCGUGCGCAUGUCGGCCGCGCCCGCGCCGGCGAGCGCCUCUGCCUCCUCGACUUCGGGCGCCGCCGACGCGCCGCUGCUGCUGCGAGCGGCGCGAGGCGAGGUCACCGAGUCGACGCCAGUGUGGAUGAUGCGGCAGGCGGGCAGGCACAUGCAGGUGUACCGCGACCUGGUGAAGGACUACCCGACGUUUCGCGAGCGCUCCGAGAUUCCCGACGUCUCGUAUGCCGUCUCGAUGCAGCCGCGCGACGCCUAUGGCACCGACGGAGUGAUUUUGUUCUCCGACAUCCUCACGCCUCUGCCUGCAAUGGGCGUCGACUUUGCGAUCUCCGAGGGCGGAGGGAUCACGAUCGACCCGAUCCGCACGCGCGAGGCCUUCGCCAAGAUGACCGCCGUCCCCUUCGAGCCCGAGACGAAGAUCAGCUUUGUCGGCGACGUGCUCAAGCGGCUGCGCGCGACGUUGGCCGGCACCGACGCGACGGUGCUCGGGUUCGUCGGCCUCCCGUUCACGCUGGGCACGUACCUCAUCGAGGGCGCCACCGGCACGAAGACAGGCUUCGCCGCGAUGAGGCAGCUCCGAGAGUCCGACCCGCAACUCGUGGCCGACAUGCUCAAGCUGCUCGGCGACCGGAUCGCGCAGUACGCAAUCUACCAGAUCGACUCUGGCGCGCAGGUGGUCCAAGUCUUCGACUCGUGGGCGGGCCACCUCACGCCGGACGAGUUUGACGAGUGGGCGGCCCCCUUCCAGCGGCAAGUCGUUGGCGCCAUCAAGGCUGCGCGGCCCGAUACGCCCGUAAUCAUCUACAUGGCCCCCGACACCCACUCCAAGGAGGGGGCGCUUAUCACCAAGCUCGCGGCCUCGGGCGCAAACGUCGUCUCGGUCGACCACACCCUCCCGAUCUCCGCGGCGCGCGAGCUGCUCGACGAGGCCGGCUACGAGUCGGUCGGCUUGCAGGGCAACCUCGACCCCGCCAUCCUCGCCGAGGGGUCGGAGGAGGAGAUCGUCGCCGCCGCGCAGGACAUCCUCAAGAAGAUGGCUGGUCGGCCGCACAUCAUGAACCUCGGCCACGGCAUCGAGCCGACCACCCCCGAGCCGUCGGCCAACCUCUUUGUCAAGACGGUCCAGGAGUGGCGCAACUGAGGCGGGUGGCCCCAAGCUCCGCCGCCGCAGCACCACCACGCGACUCCACUUGCUUGGGCCACGCCCACGGCCACGCUCGCUGCACACGCGCGCUGUAGACUGAUUCGGCCGCUUGAGACGCUGUGUGCCGCGAUGCGGGAACACAAAAAGUUGCAAAAACAUCUGUGGCUCCU